AUGGCCAAUCUGGGCGUUUACGCAGGUGUAGCAACGCUCAUCGUCGUGCUCCUGACCUACGGCAUCCCGUUGUUCCUGCGCGAGUACUUUCCCUGGCAAUCGUUGUAUAAACAGCGUCACGGAAGACCUACCGUUACAACAAAAUCAUACGAGGGGCGAACUGUGCUCAUCACUGGUGCCAGCGGUGCUUUUGGAUCGAGGGUUGCCAAGCUCUUUGCGCAUCGAGAUGUUGACACGCUUGUUCUUGUUGACGUCAGGGACUGUAGGGAGCUGAAGCAGGAGAUUGAGAAGGAAUUGACUGCUGCGGGCAAAGCAAAGCCUACCAUUUUGGUCUGGCAGGCUGAUCUGAUGAGUUUCUCGGGAUGUCAAGAUGUUGCGAGAAAGGCACAGGAACUGAAGACGCUUGACCAUGUCUUGAUGACGAUGGGUAUCUUGUCUUUUAACCGUCGCGUGUCACCUGAAGGUUGGGAAACCUCUAUCCAAAUCAACUACCUCUCUGGUGCUCUUCUCGGACUCCUACUUCUAUCCCUUCUCAAAGCAUGCUCUUCCAACCCCAACCCUCCCGUCAUGACCUUUGUCACAUCCUUCGGCAUCUACCCCUCUUCAUUCACCAUGGGCAUGCCCAAGAGUGGCAACUAUCUCAAGAUGCUUAGCAACAACAAAGACGGCAUGCAGCAAGCUCACCAGUAUGGUCGUUCCAAAGCCCUGCUGCUUUACUUCACCCGCGAACUCGCCGAGCGUGUCUCGAAGCUUCCUCACAAAGUGACCAUCAACAGUGCCGACCCCGGAUCUGCAUGGACGCCUCUUACUGCACCGAACCAGGACCAGCUCAUCCCGAGACUAAUUCAGAACUUUGGAUCGAGAGCACCGGAGAUUUGUGCUGCUGCUCUUGUUAAUGGUGUCUCAGCAUCUGAGGAUGCGCAUGGAAAGAUUAUGCAAGAUUUCGACACUACUUCGUAUCCUCCUUUCAUGGAGCGUAAAAGUGGUCAUGCUGCUCAGAAGCGUGUUUGGGAGGAGACGAGAGAAGAGUUUGAGGCCAAGGUUCCAGAGGUCAAGGCUGUUUACGAGAUGUUAGGUUAG